AUGGUGCAACAAACAACUAGUGAAAAACUGAAUGUUUUUGAUGAGCCAGUCAUGGAUCAUUCAUUAAUAAGUCUCCAUGAACACACAUACAAACCAUAUGGUUCACCAUAUUACAAAAAUUCAGACGAAAUUAGAAUUCCUAUCAAUUUCCAAGAUUUGAUACUGGACAUUGCAGAAAGUUACAUUUAUAUCGAAGGUAAAUUCAAGCCUAAGGAUGCUACCAUACUUUGUUACCUAUCUAAUAAUGCACUCGCAUUCCUGUUCGAUGAGAUUCGCUAUGAAAUGGGAGGUGAACAAGUAGCUGUAAUUCGGAAGCCUGGCAUAACUACAACUAUGAAAACUAUGAUAUCAUAUGGACAAACACAUGUCACAUCACUUCAAACUAACGGAUGGGGACUCAAUAAAGAUAAACAAGAUAUUUUGGAUACCACCAGUCAUAUUUUCAGUGGAAAAUUGCCUCUAAAGUACCUGAUGGGCUUUGCUGAAGAUUACACCAAGGGAAUUUUGAAUGUUAAACAAGAGCUCAUUCUUAUCAUUGCUCGCUCAUUCAAAAACUCAUACAUUGGAGAGGUUGAUGCUGAUUUGGAGAUAAAUAAAAUUGAAUGGAAAAUCAAACACAUCAUGCCAGAGGAUAGACAAAAGCUCAAAUUACUUAAUCGAAUAAAUAAAAAUAAUACUGCUAAAGUCAAGUUAGCAUAUCGAAUGUGGGAUCUGUAUGAGUUACCAUCACUACGAGACACAGCUUCAGAUAUUUGGGCAAUAAAAACAACGAAUAGUCUUGAACGUCCCCGAUAUAUAAUUAUUGGAUUCCAACACACUGACGAUCUCAAUGAUAGAUCAAAAGAUGCAACCAAAUUUAAACAUGCCGACGUUUAUAAUAUUCGCCUAUAUCUCAACUCAGAAGUAUAUCCAUAUGAAAGGUGGAAUCUUGAUUUCGAUAAAAAGCUUUACUCACCAGCUUACUAUGCUUAUGAACAAUUCCAACGAAACUAUUAUGAUAGAGAUAUGAGUGAGCCUAUGAUGACUCUCGGAGAGUUUCGUAAGAACCCUCUUUUCAUAAUUGAUUGCUGUCACCAACCAGAUGCUAUGAAGACUUCUACAGUGGACAUAAAAGUGGAAUUUGAAACUCGCAAAACUAAGUUUCCAGAAAAUACAAGAGUCUAUGCAUUAAUUAUACAUGACGCAUGUAUGACAUAUAGUGCUCUAGAUGGCACUGUUCAAACUGGAUCUGUAUAA